AUGUCUAGUUCAUGUUUCAAUCCGUUUCGUCUCCGGCGGUCCCUGAAAUCAAAGUUCCCUCCAGAGCCUUCCCUUCCGCCAUUUUCCGCUAAUCCGUCCUCCUCCAAAACUAACCGCUAUGCAGAAACAGAGACGAUGGAGAAGAAGAGAUUUGAUAGUAUGGAAUCUUGGUCGAUGAUACUAGAGUCUGAGAACGUGGAGACAUGGGAAGCGUCUAAGGGAGAAAGAGAGGAAUGGACCGCGGAUCUUUCACAGCUAUUUAUCGGUAACAAAUUUGCUUCUGGAGCGCAUAGCCGGAUUUAUAGAGGGAUCUACAAACAAAGAGCCGUUGCUGUGAAGAUGGUGAGGAUCCCAACACACAAGGAAGAGACAAGAACCAAACUCGAGCAGCAGUUUAAGUCCGAGGUUGCUCUGCUUUCUCGUCUCUUUCACCCUAACAUCGUCCAGUUCAUCGCGGCGUGCAAGAAACCGCCGGUAUACUGCAUAAUAACAGAGUACAUGUCGCAAGGUAAUCUCCGAAUGUACCUAAACAAAAAAGAGCCAUAUUCGCUCUCGAUCGAGACCGUACUAAGGCUGGCUCUAGACAUCUCAAGGGGAAUGGAGUAUCUUCACUCGCAGGGUGUUAUCCACAGAGACCUAAAGUCCAACAAUUUGCUUUUGAACGAUGAGAUGAGAGUUAAAGUUGCAGACUUUGGGACUUCUUGUCUUGAGACGCAAUGCAGAGAGGCUAAGGGUAAUAUGGGAACUUAUCGAUGGAUGGCUCCAGAGAUGAUCAAAGAGAAACCUUACACUAGAAAAGUCGAUGUUUAUAGCUUCGGUAUUGUUCUAUGGGAACUCACCACUGCCUUGCUUCCGUUCCAAGGCAUGACUCCCGUGCAAGCCGCGUUUGCAGUCGCUGAAAAGAACGAGAGACCGCCAUUGCCCGCGAGCUGUCAACCGGCACUAGCUCACCUAAUCAGGAGAUGUUGGUCGGAAAACCCUUCAAAGCGGCCGGAUUUCUCAAACAUUGUGGCGGUUCUAGAGAAGUACGACGAGUGCGUCAAAGAAGGACUUCCUUUGACGUCCCACGCAAGUCUCACAAAAACCAAGAAUGCGAUUCUAGAUCGCCUUAAAGGCUGCGUCUCAUCUAUCAGCUCAUCAUCUUCUUCAUCCUCUGUUCCUGUAAAUGCCUAG